AUGUUCCAAUCCGUGCAGCCAGUUAUUCAGCCUGGCUCUACUAUCCUCGUCACGGGAGUGACUGGUUUCAUUGGAAGUCACAUUGCGCAACAGCUUCUUGACGCAGGAUAUUGUGUGGUCGGUGUCACGCGCGAUGCAAACAAGAAUAGAGUCUCAGGUAUUGUUCAUACUGCAUCGGACAUGACUUUUGGUGCAGAUCCAAACGUUAUUAUCCCACCCGUCGUGUCCGCAGCCGUUUCCAUUCUCAAGGCAGCUGCUGCAAGUACGUCCGUGGAGCGCGUCGUAUUUACCUCGUCGUGUGCUGCCGCCGCAAUGCCGACUCCAGGGCACUACCCAACCAUCACCAGUGAAUCCUGGAAUGACGAAGCUUUGGAGAGGGCUUGGGAUGCUCCUCCGUACAACCCAGAUCGAGGUUUCAUUGUUUACGCAGCUAGCAAAACCGCCGCCGAAAAAGCAGUUUGGAAUUGGUACAAAGAGGAACGACCUCCAUUUGUUCUCAACACUGAUUUUUACAUUGACGUGGAAGACUCAGCGAGGCUACAUUUGGCCGCUCUUCUCCACCCCACCGUCACUGAAGAGCGCAUCUUUGCCUAUGCAAAGCCGUAUACCUGGAAAAUGGUACAAGAUGUCUUGCGAGAGAUUUUCCCAAACAAGGAUCUUACUCCUGAUAUUCGAGAAACAGAGGCUGAUAGGAGCGUUGUUACUGGAAUGGCGCGAUCUGAAGGUCUGCUUAAGGAGAUGGGCAAAGCGGGCUACACCAGUUUGCAAGAGACCGUUCGUCUCAACACCAUUGACUUUUCUUAA